AUGGCCGUGCCAGAGAAGACAGAAGCCCAGCUUGCCGCUGAAGAGGGCUCUCCCUGCAAUGAGACAGUCGCGCUAUUCCGAUACCCGGACCAGAGCCUCGGGAAUCUUGGCGGGGGUCUGAGUCUUGUCUCAGAGGAGGUGAUGCAGCGAUACAAGCAAGCCGACGGUAGCUCGAAUUUUAGCAAGAAGGGCGGAAAGCCUGGUAUUACUAUGUACUACAUGGUGGCGGAUUUGGAUAAGUCCAUGGAGGCCAUAGUGGCGCACGGCGGGAAGAAGCUGAGCGGCGAGUAUCCAGAGGGAGACCAUGGAAAGAUCAUGUACGCAGAAGACUCUGAGGGGAACGUCCUGGGAAUCUACAAGUUUGUCGGGGCCGGAUGCUAA